CAUGGGUGGAAGAACACAGUGAGGUGCACGUCCUCCUCCCUUUCCAACCUCACCAAACCAAAUCCAGGACGGCGCAGGGAUCUCUGUUGUGUGUGUGUGCUGAGGCUAGGACUGUCACUCAUUCUCUGAUCAGCUUCUGAAAGCAGCUAGAGAGCAGCUGGCAAAAAACAAUUCUGAAAAAAAAAUUACAUUGCAUCUAAAUCUCUAUCUAAUCCACCAAGCUCCUAUUGAAGGAAAAAUAUAUUUGCAAGAAACUUCCACCCCAACAGCAGAUUACAAUGCUGCAUACUAAGGAUCUCAUCUGGACUCUGUUUUUCCUUGGAGCUGCAGUGUCUCUACAAGUGGAUAUUGUUCCAAGUCAGGUGGAGAUCAGCGUUGGAGAAUCCAAAUUCUUCUUAUGUCAAGUGACUGGGGAAGCCAAAGCCAAAGACAUUUCCUGGUUCUCCCCCAACGGCGAGAAGCUGACGCCCAACCAGCAGCGCAUCUCGGUGGUGCGGAACGAUGACUUCUCCUCCACCCUCACCAUUUACAGCGCCAACAUCGACGACGCCGGCAUCUACAAGUGUGUUGUCACCAGUGAGGAGGAGGGCGACUCUGAGGCCACCGUCAAUGUGAAAAUCUUCCAGAAGCUGAUGUUCAGGAAUGCUCCCACCCCUCAGGAGUUCCAGGAGGGGGAAGAUGCGGUGAUCGUGUGUGAUGUGCUCAGCUCGCUGCCUCCCACCAUUAUGUGGAAGCAUAAGGACAGGGACGUUGUCCUGAAAAAAGAUGUCCGAUUUAUAGUCUUGCCCAACAACUUCCUGCAAAUCCGGGGAAUCAAGAAAACGGAUGAGGGGACGUACCGCUGUGAGGGCAGAAUCCUGGCUCGUGGGGAGGUCAAUUUCAAGGAUAUUCAGGUCAUCGUGAAUGUGCCUCCUUCUGUCCGUGCCAGGCAGAACACCAUGAAUGCUACAGCCAAUCUCAGCCAGUCUGUCACCUUAGUGUGCGAUGCUGAUGGCUUUCCUGAGCCAGCCAUGAGCUGGAUGAAAGACGGGGACUUGAUAGAACGGGGGGACGAUGACGAGAAAUACGACUUCAACUACGAUGGCUCUGAGCUGACCAUCAAGAAGGUAGAGAAGAGCGACGAGGCGGAGUACACCUGCAUGGCUGAGAACAAGGCCGGAGAGCAGGAUGCCAUCAUCCACCUCAAAGUCUUUGCAAAACCCAAAAUCACUUACGUGGAGAACAAAACUGCCAUGGAACUGGAGGACCAGAUCACACUGACCUGCGAGGCUUCCGGGGACCCAAUCCCCUCCAUCACCUGGAGAACCUCCACCCGGAACAUCAGCAAUGAAGAGAAGGCUUCGUGGACUCGGCCCGAGAAGCAAGAGACCCUGGAUGGGCGCAUAGUGGUGCGCAGCCAUGCCCGAGUGUCCUCCCUGACACUCAAGGACAUUCAGUACACGGACGCUGGAGAAUAUGUGUGCACGGCCAGCAACACCAUCGGGCAAGACUCCCAGGCCAUGUACCUUGAAGUGCAAUAUGCCCCCAAGCUGCAGGGCCCUGUGGCAGUCUACACCUGGGAGGGGAAUCAAGUGAACAUCACGUGCGAGGUGUUUGCUUAUCCCAGUGCUGUCAUCUCCUGGUUCCGGGAUGGACAGCUGCUACCAAGCUCCAACUACAGUAACAUCAAGAUCUACAACACCCCAUCAGCCAGUUACCUGGAGGUGACGCCGGAUUCCGAGAAUGACUUUGGGAACUAUAACUGCACCGCAGUGAAUCGCAUCGGCCAGGAGUCCUCUGAAUUCAUCCUUGUGCAAGCGGAUACUCCGUCCUCUCCUUCCAUUGACAGAGUGGAGCCUUACUCCAGCACUGCCCAGGUGGAGUUCGAUGAGCCCGAGGCCACCGGUGGGGUGCCCAUCCUCAAGUACAAGGCGGAAUGGAGAGCACUGGGCGAGGAGGAUUGGCAUUCCAGGUGGUAUGAUGCCAAAGAAGCAAACAUGGAGGGCAUGAUUACCAUCAUGGGCCUGAAGCCAGAGACGACCUAUGCCAUCAGACUGUCAGCCAUCAACGGCAAGGGCCUGGGAGAGAUCAGUGCAGUGUCUCAGUUCAAGACCCAGCCAGUUCGCAUUCCUCAUUCACCAACUACUGUUGCCCCGCCCGCCCAUUUCGCAGACACAACCCUGCCUCCUACCAGAUCCGAAAGCACAGAGCAGAUGAAAGGGGAACCCAGCGCACCCAAACUGGAGGGCCAGAUUGGAGAAGACGGGAACUCCAUUAAAGUGAACCUUAUCAAGCAGGAUGAUGGAGGCUCCCCGAUCAGACACUAUCUGAUCAAAUACAAAGCUAAGCUUUCCUCAGACUGGAAACCAGAGAUCAGACUCCCCUCUGGCAGCGACCACGUCAUUCUUAAGUCCCUAGAGUGGAAUGCAGAGUAUGAGGUCUACGUGAUAGCUGAGAACCAGCAAGGGAAAUCCAAGCCUGCACACUAUGCUUUCAGGACUUCAGCUCAGCCUACUGUAAUCCCAGCGACCUUGGGAAGCCCAUCAACGUCGUCCUCCUUUGUUUCAUUGCUUCUUUCUGCAGUGACUCUGCUUUUGCUCUGUUAGAAACUUUUUACAACAACAAAAAUAAACAACCACAUACAAAUUUGCCUAAAAAGGCCUGGUUCCUACCCGGGUGUGAAAGCCGAUAGUUUUUCGUUCAGAGGAUCAUGUCAGUGCAAGAAAAAAAAACACAACAGAUCAUUUUAUUGGAAAGAUUGAGUAUUUUGUAAUGAGGAUAAAAAAAAGUUUAAACCAAGCGUUUUCUCGCUAACAUUUUUUUGUGUUGCUUUAUAAUGAAUUUGCCCUUUUUUAAUGGAUGUAAAGAAAAAAUCUUUUGUUGGCUUUUUUUAUAGGAAGGUCUGAUAUUGAAAGCUUUUAAAAACCUGGUCUCUAUUGACAUUUCCACACAUCUGUUGCCAAUCACCAUUGUUCAUACCUAUGCAUGAUAUUACAAAGAUGAUAACCAUAAUAAAAAGGUUUCUAAAGCCCCAUCCGUAUACCUAAAUACAGGUUAAAAAAAAAGAAACUUGGCAAUUAUAGCCACUUGGCAUGCCUGAAUUGGAGAUCUUUUUUUUCCAAGGGCUUUUGCACGUGGAUUAAACACAUGGUCAUCAGAACAUCUCUCUGAUGCAGUUGUCUGACCUAAAGUGUCUUGUUGAGAUGUGUGUUGAGGACAUUUAUUUUUUCUUUCACAUGGUUGAAUCCUUGGAGCCUCACUGGCCCUUCUGUAAUCAGGCAUCUCAAGAUCAUGACAUAUGGGGGUUUGGAGCAUAACAUAGCUUGUGAGUGUACAGAUUUGCAGUGGAUGCUUGUCUAACAUUCUGUCUGGCUAUCCACUACUGUAUGGUCAAAUCAGUAUAGAAACAGCUUUUCUUCCCUUUUAACUAAAAAGAUUAGCUGGGAACAAGUAAUCUGACCGGCUAAAUGGGUAUUACUGAACCUUAAUAAUAUUCAUGGUUAACUGUGCGUUUGACACUCCACCAGACAGGAUUAAUCUGUGGUGUAAUUUGAUGCAAUAUAUACAGCUUCCUCUCUGAGUCCUGUGUAUCACAUUUCAUUCUAGCAAUUUCAGUUGACAUUCCUUUUCUUUAAUGCGGUGUCCCUCGUGAAUUGUUUUUAUAAUGGGGAAAGCCAUUUGGCUAUGCCACUCCUUUAAGCCUUUCUGAGAACACAGCGCGCGCUCUCUCUCUCUCUCUCUCUCUCUCUGCAAGGACCUGGGGAAGAAAAGGAUGAGACUGGAAACAUGUUUUGGACAUGGUUAGGAAACCUCUAUACAGAAUCUCUUAUGCUAUCAAAGCUCUUAAACAGGAUUAAUUUCCUUUCUCACAAAAUCUUUCCUGUUGGGUACAAAACCAAACCAAAUCCCCUAUUAAUCAUGUCUAGCUAUAAAUUUAUGCACUUCAUAUAAUAUCUUGUCUCUGUUCAAAAUUUAGUCAGACUUUGUUCACUGGAAUCUGCACUAUUAGUUUCUAUUUAGAAUUGUAAACAAAAACUUCAUACAGAUGUGUGUGUGUGUGUCUCUCUAACACACACACACAGCACCCUUUAGAAGGGGACAUCUCACCAUCAAAAUGCUCUUUUAAAUGCUUUGUGCUGUAUAAACUAUAUUCCAACACCAAGGUCCAUUAAAAGCCCUUGUGAUCUUUCCUAUGGCAGUGUUUAUACACUUCUGCUUAGGCUGUGAGAUCAGUAUGUAGCUCAGAGAUGAAUGCGGGUGCCUUUAGAGUCAGAAGACCACUCGAUAUGCAUGCAUAUGAGGUGUGCAGGAGAGGUGUAGAUACAUGUGCAUUUAACUCCAACUUCAUAUGGAGGUUCAUUAGGAAAACCAACAGUUUUCGAUAGAUGUAAUGAAGGUUUCUGGGGAAGGCCUACCUACUCAGGACAUUUGCUAUGGCCAAGCAAAAUCUCAUCAGGGACUGCCUCAAGGGUCACUCCCGUGAGGUGCCAUAAGAACAAAUAUCGGUGUGUCUUGCUUGUGCCUAGUGUUAACAGUUACAGUUAUAUGACCAUAUGCACAGUAGCCAGCACUGAAAAUGCAGAACUUGCUGCUGUGGUUUCCUGGGAAUUUCUGUUACGUUGCACCGCCCUAAUGCAAUAAAGACUGUAGUUUUCAGUGAAAGUUGCUGUAAUGCGAACGAAGGGCCCUGAGUUCCCAUAGCCACUUUCAGUUCCAUACCAUGCUUUGAAGUUUGUGGGCAUGUCAUUUAAAUUAGUGUGUUCACACCUGCAAUAUUUAUACUACAAUAUCUCAUCAGAUUGGUUAUUAACAUGGCAAUGUUUACAUGUAGAAAAUCAGUCAGGCCUUUAUUAUGUUUACACAUUUCCAUUAUUAAAAUAACAAUAAUGAGUCAAA